AUGGCAGCGGCGGCGCCGCAGGGGAGCCGCGCCGCUCCCUCACCGCUGGCGCCGGGCGCCGGGCUCUUCCUCGUGGUCUUGUCCCCCUUCCUCACCCUGCGCCCCGGGGCCGCCCAGGUGGGGCCGCCCGGGCUCAGCCUCCAUCCGCCCUAUUUCAACCUGGCCGAGACAGCCAGAAUCCGGGCGACGGCCACCUGCGGGGAGGAGAGCGGCGGCGGGAGGCCCCGGCUGGAGCUGUACUGCAAGCUGGUGGGAGGCCCGGCCGCCGCCCCCGCGGGGCACACCAUCCAGGGACAGUUUUGUGACUAUUGCAAUGCAGCUGAUCCCAAUAAAGCUCACCCAAUAACCAGUGCUAUUGAUGGAACUGAACGCUGGUGGCAAAGUCCUCCUCUCUCUUUAGGCUUACAGUAUAAUGAAGUGAAUGUCACUUUAGAUCUUGGACAGCUCUUCCAUGUUGCUUACAUCCUUAUCAAGUUUGCAAAUUCUCCUCGCCCAGAUCUCUGGGUGUUAGAAAGAUCAGUGGACUUUGGAAGAACCUAUGCACCUUGGCAAUAUUUUGCUCAUUCUAAAGCAGACUGUUUGGAACAUUUUGGAAAAAAAGUUAGUGCUCAUAUUAGGAGGGAUGAUGAUGUUAUUUGCACUACAGAGUAUUCUCGAAUUGUGCCUCUUGAAAAUGGUGAGAUUGUGGUAUCCUUGGUAAAUGGUCGUCCAGGAGCAAAAAACUUCACUCACUCUCCAAUACUUAGGGAAUUUACCAAGGCAACAAACAUCCGCUUGCGUUUUCUCAGAACCAAUACCCUUCUUGGACACUUGAUAGCCAAAGCUCAACGGGACCCCACUGUAACCCGCAGAUAUUACUACAGCAUAAAGGACAUCAGUAUUGGUGGACGAUGUGUUUGCAAUGGUCAUGCAGAAGUCUGUAAUGCAAAAAGUGCUGAAAACCUGUACCAGUUUCAGUGUGAAUGUCAGCAUAACACUUGUGGGGAAACCUGUGAUCACUGCUGCCCUGGAUAUAAUCAGAAACAAUGGCAACCUGCAACUGCCAACAACGCAAAUGAGUGUGAAUCCUGCAACUGUCAUGGACAUGCUACUGAUUGCUACUAUGAUCCUGAUGUUGAUCGACGCAAAGGAAGCUUAAAUGUCCAUGGGUGGUAUGAAGGUGGAGGGGUCUGCAUUAAUUGCCAGCAUAACACAGCUGGAAUUAACUGUGAACAAUGUGCAAAGGGGUACUAUCGUCCUUAUGGCAUUCCAGUGGGAGCUGCUGGUGGCUGUAUACCUUGCAGUUGUAAUCCAGAGCAUUCAGAUGGUUGUGAGGAAGGAUCUGGUCGCUGUCAUUGUAAGGUGAAUUUCCACGGCGAAAACUGUGAACAAUGUGCUGAAGGAUACUAUAGUUUCCCAUUCUGUGUCCGAAUUCCUAUUUAUCCUUUUACUACUCCAAAUCCAGAAUACCCUGUGGCUGGUGGUAUGAAAGAUGGCUGUAAACCAGGAUUUUUUGGCCCUCAAUGCCAGCCUUGCCAGUGCUAUAGCUCGGGAGUGCUGGAUGGCAACUGUGAUGGAAAGACAGGACAGUGCAGAUGUCGAGUUGGAUUUCAGGGACUUUCCUGUGAUGCCUGUGCAGUAGGGUAUUUUCAAUACCCUUUCUGUCAGAUGUGUGCAUGUAAUUCAGCUGGUGCCCUCCCUGAAAUCUGUGAUUUCCUUGGAAAAUGUCUCUGCCGCUUUGAGGUUGAUGGACCUCAGUGUGACAGCUGUCGUCCUGGCUACCAUUCUUUCCCUAUCUGUCAAGAAUGCAACUGUGAUUCGCUUGGCUCGUUGGACAAUACAUGUGGGCCCACCGGUCAGUGUCGGUGCCAUAAAAACUAUGCUGGACUUAGAUGCAACCAAUGUGCUCCAGCUUAUUUCAGCUAUCCCAACUGCUUGCCUUGUCAGUGUUCUCCCCAUGGUUCCUACAAGAACAUAUGUGAGUCAACAACAGGGCAGUGUGAGUGUCGAACAGGCAUUACGGGGCAGCAGUGUGACAGAUGCCUUUCAGAAGCCUACAGUUUUCCGUAUUGCCAAGGAGUAAACAAUGACUGUGACCCUGCAGGUACUCUUGAUUCCCAUUCUGGCUAUUGUCGGUGUCUGGAGCAUGUUGAAGGUCCUAUAUGUAGCAGAUGCAAACCACUUUACUGGAAUCUGGCCAGAGAAAACCCUGAUGGAUGUACAAAGUGCCAAUGUGAUGUGGCCGGAACACUAAGUGGAGUCGGAGAGUGUCAGCAGAAGAAUGGUGACUGUCAUUGCAAGCCUGAUGUUUGUGGAGGUUCCUGUGACACUUGUGAAGCUGGCUAUUACACUCUGGAAAACAGGAAUUACUUUGGGUGUCAAGGCUGCCAAUGUGAUGUUGGAGGAUCUGUCAAUCUUGUGUGCAGUGAGCCGUCAGGUGCCUGCCAGUGCAGAAACCACAUAGUGGGAACGACCUGUCAGCAGCCUGAAAAGAACCACUUUUUCCCUGAUUUACACCACAUGAAGUUUGAGAUCGAAGAUGGUACCACUGCCAGUGGAAGAGGCAUUCGGUUUGGUUAUGACCCACAGGAAUUUCCUGGCUUUAGUUGGAGAGGAUAUGCACAGAUGUCUUCCAUACAACCAGAGGUGGUUGUGCCUGUCACUGUGACUUCCUCUAAGCUCUUCCACCUAGUACUCCGCUAUGUCAGCCUGGUUUCAAAGAGCUCUAAAGGGAGGAUCUCAGUUGCUGAGGGGAAACAUUUUGACACUAAUUAUACUUGGGCUACUCAGAGCAAAGACAUUGUCUUCCCACCCAGUAAGAAGCCGGCUUUUGCCACUGUCCCAGGAAACAGCUUUGCAGAUCCCUUCUCACUUAUUCCAGGAACAUGGAUUGUCAAUAUUAUGGCAGAGGGAGUCCUCCUGGAUUACAUGGUGCUGUUACCUAGUGAUUACUAUGAAGCACCCAUCUUGCAAUUACAAGUUACAGACCCUUGCACCUAUUCAGGACAUGCUAUGACAGAUAACUGCUUGCUUUAUCAGCAUUUACCACUAGCCAGAUUUUCCUGUGUCCUCGGUUCAGAGGCGACACAUUUCUUGCUCGGUGGAGAGUACAGAAAAAUAGCUGUCCGACAGCCAACCCCAGAGCAUCCAGUGAUGUCACACAUCAGUGGAAUAGAGGUUGAUUUACACCUGAGACUGAACAUUCCCCAAGUCGGUCGCUAUGUGGUAGUUCUUGAAUAUGCUAAUGAAGAUGAUCAAUUAUACACUGCUGAAGUGAUAGUGAAUAGUCCUGGGCCUGUCCUGAAGGCCAGAGUGAACAUAUACAGCUGUAAAUACAGCUUCCUUUGUCGCAGUGUUGUGGUUGAUAAUAUGAAUCGCAUUGCAAUCUAUGAUCUUUUAGCUGAUGCAAAGUUACAUCUUAAGGCAUCACUGAUAAAUUUUCUUCUGCACAAAAUUUGCAUUGUAUCAGCUGAAGAAUUUUCUCUAGAAUAUGUGGAUCCUAAAGUAUACUGCAUAGCCACUUAUGGGAGCUUUCUUAAUCAAAGGCCUACAACUUCAUUAUUAUUUUACAUAAAGAAUUCUUCCUACUGCACGAAUAAUUACUAUAAUCCUAUUUUUAGUGCAUCAUGCAUUCCCUCAGUGUAUGAAACUCCACCAGUGGCCUUGCUUUUGGAUGCGCUCAGGGAUAGAAAAAUUUCAGAAGUGCAGAGAAAUGUACCAUACAAUCCACUGAGUGUCCCUUUACCUUCUGCUAACCGGGUUAAUGGAGUAACCUUGACCUCAUUACAGAACCAGCUUACUUUGAGUGGGAAAGUGCCAAGUUUAGGCAGAUAUGUAUUUGUUGUACAUUUCCAUCAGCCAGAGCACCCAACAUUUCCUGUGCAGGUGCUUGUGGAUGGGGGACGCCUAUGGUCAGGUUCCUUCAGUGCUUCUUUCUGCCCUCACGCUUUUGGCUGUCGAGACCAGGUGAUUGCAGAAAACCAAAUUGAACUGGAUAUCCCUGGCCCUGAGGUUUCUGUUACUGUGAAGAUUCCUAAUGAAAAAACACUGGUUGUGGAACACGUUUUAGUUGUUCCAGCAGAUAGCUACAGUCAUAGCCUACUUCAGAAAAGGACUGUGGACAAGUCGAUUGACUUUAUCAACCAGUGUGGAGGAAACAGCUUUUAUAUUGACCCAGUAACAUCGUCAGCAUUCUGUAAGGAUUCUGUAAGGUCACUAGUGGCAUUUUACAACGAUGGAGCAUUGCCCUGUAAUUGCCAUAAAUCAGGUGCCACUAGCUCAGCUUGCAACCCUCUGGGAGGACAAUGUAGUUGCAAACCUAACGUCAUUGGCCGUCGGUGUAGCCGAUGCCAAACUGGGUAUUACGGAUUUCCAUUCUGCAAGUUAUGCAGCUGCGGCCGACGUCUUUGUGAUGACAUAACUGGUCAAUGUAUUUGCCCCCCUCAAACGGUGAAGCCCAAGUGUGAAGCAUGUGAAAGACAAUUUUUCAACUACCACCCCCUUGUUGGCUGUGAAGCUUGCAACUGCUCAAGCAGAGGAAUAGUUAAUUUGGCAAACCCAGAAUGUGAUAAAAACAAUGGGCAGUGCAAGUGCAGGCCAGGAAUAACAGGGCGACAAUGUGAUCGCUGCAGUCCUGGUUCUUACAGUUUCCCGGAUUGUAUUCCCUGUAAUUGUAACAGAGAUGGAACAGAGCCAGAUGUUUGUCAUCCACAGACAGGAGUUUGUCUCUGCAAGGAGAAUGUUGAAGGUAGACAAUGUGACAUUUGCCGUCAAGGAUCAUUUUAUUUGGAUCCUUCUAAUCCCAAGGGCUGCACUUCUUGCUUUUGUUUUGGAGCUACUAGCAACUGUCACAGCACAAGUAAUCGUAGAACUAAGUUUGUUGAUAUGAGAAACUGGCAUGUGGAGACAGCUGACAAUAACAUUGAUGUCCCCGUAACCUUCAAUCCAGGCAGCAAUAGUGUAGUUGCUGAUGUUCAAGAGUUGCCUUCCUCUGUGCACAGUUUAUACUGGGUGGCACCACAGUCCUACUUGGGAGAUAAGUGAUCACAGCCAACCUACUAAAAUACAUAUUUACACAUAAAGGAAGGAAAACUACAGAC